CGGCGCAAAAAGGACCCUGACGCGCCGGCGGGCAAGAAGUCAGCGUACUGUUUCUGGGCGAUUGAUCAGAGAAAGGCACCCGAGUACGCGAGCAUGUCGUUCGGCGAGCGCGAGAAACUGAUUGCCGCACGCUGGAAGACGGUUGCGGAGGGCGACAAGACGCCGUUCCACGAGCUGGCCAAGAAGGACUCGGCGCGGCACGCCGAUGAGAUCCAGCGCUAC